GAAAAUACUUAACUCUCACAUUUCGGCCGACGUAGCCCAAAAUUGUUGUAUUUUAACUCUAUAUAGACCCGAUCCGAUUUGCAAUCCCUGACAAGAUGAAUAAGAUAGCGACGCAGAAGGCACAUCCUUACAGCGACUUAGAGCACGCCCGGAAUGAGGGAUUCUUCCACAAGCAAUCGGAGCUGAUGAUGAUGCUGCCUGAAAUGUCGAAGCUCCGGGAUAUAUUUGAUCUAUUUGUGGUCGAUGGUUAUGCAGCAGGAUCCGGAAUAAGAUCAGGGCCAGCAGCAUUAGCAAUAGCAGGAGCAAAAAUAACAGAACUUCGAUGCUUGGAUCCUGGCGCCAGCAUAAGCAUGUCCGAUGUGCCAGACUGCCUGCGCACCAUGGGCCUGUGUCCGAGUGGACAAUGGCUGUCGGCUCGUCUGGAGGAGCAGAUACGUCGGAGGGAAGCGAUGGGACCAUUGGGUGCACUGAUCUCCCAACGGGCCUCCUUUGAGCUAGUGCUUACACUCUACUGCCAGUGGGCCGACCAGAAAGAAGGGCUCUCUGGCGAGGAUGUGCUGAAAGCCCUGCACAUUUUCGAUCUAAAGGCCACAGGACUGUUGCCAUACAGCAAACUGCGCCAAAUGUUGACCACCAUGGGAGAUCGACUGGACGUAAAGGAGGUCUGUAGCUUGCUGCACUAUGCCGCGGACAUGAGCGGCAACGUUAACUACGAGCACCUGGUCAAGCUAAUGUUUGCCAAAGAUCCGGACGCAGAGGAGAAGCUAAAGCAGGCCCGGCUUUAUUUGCAGGCGGUGGGACGCAAUGCCAUUGAUAUGGACAUGGCCAAACGGGACGAGUUCAUCGACGCCCUCAGGCGUGCGGAUCCCGUGAGUUCUGGAUUCAUCGAACCGGAGCGCCUGCUGGAGCUUUUGAAUCGUAGUGAUGACCGGUUCACCAGCGAGGAACUGCAGCUCCUCACCCAGGGAAUGGAGGACACAAGGUGCGAGCGGGGCAUCAACUACCGACGCUUCCUGCAGUUCAUCAUGAACGAGUAGGGCCCACCUCUACGCGGAUUGUCUUCUCCUGAAAUAUUUUUUUUUUACUAAAUUUGUAUCUCUAAAUUCUUUUUUCUUCCAAAAUGUAAGCCAACGAAAUAAACUUAA